AUGGCAUUGUAAAUUGACUUUCUUCUCGACCACUUCAGAGUGGAUCUGUCAUUAUUGCAAAUGCGUAUUUUUCGGGAUUUUUACUAUUAAAUUACAAAAAAAAGAGAUAAUCCGAAGCAACGGUCGCUGUCCCGCUGCAAGUAGUAUUUAAGAGAUGUAUAAAUCGAAUCAGGAACCGGAUAUACCAGCGGCAUUGGGUUUGUUGUCUCAUCUGGAUAAUGAUGAGCUGAAAGAAUUAUUAAACAAUGACGGGAAGUUCGAAGAUAUCGUGAAAGAUAUAAAGCAGUUUAAGGAUCUCGAGACUGAGAAGGAGAUGUUAAUGGCAAGUAACAGAUCUUUAGCAGAGUUCAACUUGGCUAAGCAACCUGAAUUGGAAGAGGGCAAACAAGUCUUGAAGGACCUAAGUGAACAGGCCAAUCAAUUUUGCAUGAGUGUCAGGAAUAAACUGGACGAAUUGCGUGAUAAAUCUGGUACAAUGACCGUUGAUACUGCACUUGACUUGCUGCAAGCAGCAGCUGCUGAGAUCGAGGAAGAAUCAGAGGGAAUAGCAGAGAAAUUUCUAGCUGGUGAUAUUGAAGUAGACGAGUUCUUGGAUCAGUUUCUGUCGCGAAGAAAAUUAAUGCACUUACGUAAAGUGAAAGUGGAUAAAUUGCGAGAGCUGAUAAGGAAAGGACAUUCAAACAGCACUCCUGGCUACCCAAUUGCCUCAAAUUUUCCUGGACUAGCACCCUCGAUACCAUAUCCGACAGGACCAGUAUCUAUGCCAAUGCCACUACCAGGAUUACCAGUUUAUAGACCAUAUUAAUGUGGAAAAUUAUGUCACAUAUUUAUUUGUUUUUGUGAUAUACGUUUCCUUGGUUGUGGCACAAGGUCUUCGAUAAUGAGAAAUUCAACGAAAGAACAUCAGCGUUGGAAGUUAUAUGUGUAUAUGCCUCUUGCACAUCAAUUUUUUAUUAUUUUUUACGUUAGACGAUAUAUGUUGCAUAAUAUAUAUCAUGCAGCAUAAGAGCUAUAUGUUAUUACAGUUAUCUAAGUCUUUAUACACCAGUGGAUGGCAGACAACAUUUUGAGGCAUUGAUAUCUCUGAAAUAUUGUUUAUGCUCCAUUUGUAAAAUAUUUAAUUUAGAUAUGCCCAACACACAUACGCAAAUAACAUGUUAUUUACAUGCUAUUAAUAGCAACUUCUAUCAUAGUACGUAGCAAUUCUUUUAAGGAGUAUACAAAAUGAUAUUGUCAGUCAUUCUUCACAAUCUAUUUAAUGAUGUCCUUAUUUUACUAAUAGCGAUAAGUGUGAUAAAAAUAAAAUUUGUACAUUCAUUGAGGGACAUAUAUACAAAUUUAUACUAUUCAAAUAAAUUGGAUCAAUUAUC